CAGAACCUGAAAACGUUUUUCUUCACAACUCUGACAAAAGAAACCACACUAAUUAACUUUUUGUUUUCUUCUUCUGAUCAUUCCAGAGACAUUCUCCAUGAAAGCCAAAGCCUUUAUUCCCUCGGUUUCAUUUCUCUGUUUUUGGGUUCUGUUGGGUUUAGGGACAUCAGGAUUGUUGCAGAAUGAUGAUAAAGGUAACGAGUUGGGGAGAUACAUAAGCUGGGAAGACUUAAGUGUUGUGGAAGAUGUCAGAAGGGAGAGGAGCCUUAAACACGAUAAUGGGGUCAGCCGAGAAUAUCUGGCGCCCUCAAACACUGAAUAUGGGAGCAGAGUGAUUGUGGUUGAAAAGAACGGAAGAGGAGACUCUGUUACAGUUCAAGGAGCUGUUGAUAUGGUUCCUGAUUCCAAUUCUCAGAGAGUUAAAAUCUACAUUCUUCCUGGGAUUUACAGGGAAAAGGUGAAUGUGCCGAUCACAAAACCGUACAUUUCGUUCAUAGGCGAUGAGAAGUACGUGGGAAAGACAGUAAUUACUUGGAGCGAUAAAGCUUCAGACCGUUAUUCCAAUGGUAGUGAAAUCGGCACUUACAGAACAGCCACUGUUACAGUAGACUCUGACUUCUUCUGCGCCACUGCCAUCACUAUCCAGAACACGGUGGUGGCAGUGCCGGGAGAUCAAGGGAACCAAGCGGCGGCCCUGAGGAUAAAAGGGGACAAAGCAAUGUUGUACAGUGUAAGAAUUUUGGGAUCACAAGACACUCUUGAUGAUGAAAGUGGAUCUCACUACUUCCUCAAAUGCUAUAUCGAAGGAAAUGUUGACUUCAUCUUUGGCAACGCCAAGUCGCUUUACCGAGACUGUUAUAUCAGCUCAAACGCAAAGAGGUUUGGAUCCAUCGCGGCUCACCAUAGAGACAAAGAGAAUGAAGAUACUGGUUUCUCGUUUGUGAACUGUACCAUCAGUGGAACAGGGAAUGUUACCCUAGGAAGAGCUUGGGGAAACUACGCCAGAAUUGUUUAUUCAAACUGUUAUAUUGCUGAUGUCAUCACUCCUGCGGGCUGGGAUGACUGGAGCGACCCUGCCAGGGACAGUGAGGUGCUAUUCGGAGAGUAUAAUUGCACAGGAAAAGGAGCGGAUAGAACAGGUCGAGUACCGUGGUCGAAGAGUCUUACUCAAGAUGAAGCGAAGCCCUUUCUUGGGAUGGAGUUCAUAUCUGGUGAUCAAUGGCUGAAACUCUAAACUUCAGAUACAAAAAACUCACAAUGGUCCAUUUAGCAGCUAUGAUUACCUAAUUAUUAUUUUAUACAUUUGUAAUCAAAAAUCCGUUUUAUACAUUUGUAAUCCGUUAUGAUAGUUAUGCUUUUCCUACACAUCUCCCGCCAUCAC